AUGAUCACUGACCAUGAACCCCUUAAGAAACAAAAGAGACAGAAUACUGACAGGCCCCUCAAGACUCACCCACGCCCCUUGAGGUUCACACCCAGGGCCCCUCAAGACUCACCCACGCCCUUGAGGUUCACACCCAGGGCCCUCAAGACUCCCACCCCAAGACCCGGUUCACACCCAGGGACCACAAGGGCCCCUCAAGACUCACCCACGCCUCUUAAGGUUCACACUUCCCUCUUCAGGUUCAUUCACACCUUGCCCUUCACACCCAGGGCCCCUCAAGACUCACCCACGCCCUUAGGUUCACACCCAGGGCCCCUCAAGACUCACCCACGCCACCCACACCCAGGGCCCUCAAGACUCACCCACGCCCUAAGGUUCACACCCAGGGCCCCUCAAGACUCACCCACGCCCUUAAGGUUCACACCCAGGGCCCCUCAAGACUCACCCACGCCCCAGGUUCACACCCAGGGCCCCUCAAGACUCACCCACGCCUUAAGGUUCACACCCAGGGCCCCUCAAGACUCACCCACGCCCCUUGAGGUUCACACCCAGGGCCCCUCAAGACUCACCCACGCCCCUUAA